UUUUUUUGCUUUUUACUCUUUCUUUUAACAGUUUCCAUACCAUUCCUUUCUUAUUCUGUCAACAGGAUCAACCAUCAUCACCAAGAUUUCACCAAUUUUGAGUUUUUGACUUGUUUUCUCCUUCAGAGGAUUCAAUCAAUGACCCAUACAAUAAAUUAGAAUGACAGAGAAGAUUCAAAGGUGCUGCGAGGUUUGUGGCAAUCUAUCCUUUGACGAUGGCGGUGAUGGGUUCUUCUAUUGCACUCGUUGCGGCUCUCAAGCAGUUGACAUCAUGGACACGGGUGUUGAUGAUGAUGACCUAUUCAACGUAGAUGGGGGUAUGUACUCUACUAGUCAGCGCCGUCAAUAUUGCCAGGUCAGUCAACCUGUACCCAUAUCUCAGGUACAACUCUCCCAGCAUUUAGAGACUUUGAAAACCUUUGAUGACUACGAUGAGCGUAAUGGAGAUGAUGGAGUUGGGCCUGCAGUGCCUAGUGAUUUUGGAUCAUCUCAAAUUUCUUUGACUUACACAGACUAUUAUUCAGAGAUCCGGUUGAGGUAUGUUAUGGGGUUACAAGCUAUGAUCCAAAUGCAGUGCAAGACUCUGGUGGAGAAAUUUAACGUAAGCCCCCUGAUUGUUGGGCUUUCUGGGCCUAUUUGGUUAAGACUCUUGGCACAUGAAAACGUGUUGAGUGAUGAGUGGGCAGACGAUGUCAUCCAUGAAUCAGAGUCUCAAACUCAAGGGGAAAUAGAACUUUCUCAGCCGACUGGCAGCCAGAAAACAGAACCUCACAAUUUACUUGGAAAACGGGCAGUAACCAUAUGGCAUAAAUCUUUGAGAAACUUGAUUCCAUUACCUUGUUCUCUGGCUAUCUCUUUUCUUGUCUGUCACGUGGCAAGGGAAGCUAUCUUGCCAACAGACAUAUUGAAGUGGACGUUAGAAGGAAAGCUCCCAUAUUUUGCUGCUUUUCUUGAAAUAGAGAAGCAGUUGGGACCUCCUACAAGGUCGUGCCCUAUCAGUACCAGUCGUAUGUUCAGGCCUAUCAGAACUGUCACCUUGCAAAAGUUAGAGUCCCUAGCUGCCUCCAUUGCCAGGAAAAUAGGCUUGGAAUUGCCUUCAGUGAACUUCCAUGCUAUAGCUGCCCGUUAUCUCAAGCAUUUAUCGCUUCCUGUUGAGAAAAUUCUUCCUCAGGCAUGCCAAGUGUAUGAGUGGUCUAUGCCUCCGGAGUUGUAUUUAUCAGAUAAUGACUCCAGGCUGCCUUCUCGUGUUUGCGUGAUGUCUAUACUGAUUGUGACAAUGAGGAUUCUUUAUGACCUGAAUGGCGGAAAAUGGGAACUGAUUUCAUCUUGUUCGGAUAAUUUAGUGUCUGCUGUUGAGAAUGGAGCUGGAGAAUGUGGUUUCAGUUGCAAUGCAAGAGGUGCUGUUACCGAGGAAGACUCAGCUUCACGUGAUUCAGAUCCUCAUGAUAGUACAUCAGUUUUGAGUAAAAAAUCUAAUUAUGAUGCUUCGAAACUCUUGAAGAUUCUUGAAGAAAAAUACAAUGAGCUCAGUGAUACAUAUGAUUUUUCAAAAGAUUUACAAUCAUACCUUUUGUACUGCAAAAAUGUGGUUUUCGCUGGACUAGAACCUGCUUACGAUGAUCAUGAAGAAGAAAGGAUAAUAGAAGAUUUUUGGGACUUCUAUCAAAGCCAUAAGGCUGACAAAGCAUCAGAAGAUGGGAAAACAGACUCCCACACUGGUAACCAUUUUCACCAUAGCGGAUCCAGACAUGGAUCCAACAGCACAACAAAAGAAAACGAGAACUUUAGGGACGAUGGAUACAAAUGCAAAAUGUCAAGGGAUGAUGGUGAUUCAAAUGCAGCAUUGAGGCAGCUGAAAGCAGAUAUGAACGAGAAUCGAUUUGUUUAUAUACCACCGAGGAAAAAUGUGAAGAAGAAAGACGGCUACAUCAGGUAUGCUAGAAAGAAAGACGGGGCUUAUCUUUACGCUGUACAUGCUGAUUAUUACAUAUUACUUCGAUCUUGUGCUAAGGUUGCACAAGUUGAUGUUAGGACUAUGCAUGUUGGAGUAUUGGCAUUUGAGAAAAGAUUGGAAAUGCUAGAAAAAAGAAUAGAUUUUUGUUUAUGUAAGAGACUUCCUGAUGAUUUCUGUGAAUUUUGUCGCGAUUAGUAAAGAAAUUUAUCAUAUUUAGCCAACUGCCUUUGCGGAAGAUUUGGUUUUGUAGUCCAUUACAAAUUUUAUUUUCCGUUAGGAGAUCUAUAUAGAAACAACAUCUUAUUUUA